CGCGGGGUCGAUCGGUCGGGCCGCUGCCGAGGAAAGGACGCAGGGCGGUGAACGGCAGCCGCCGGCAGCUGUUCCGCUUGGCUACUAGGUGGGCUGCUGCCCGGCCCGCGGGCGGCUGCCCUCUCGCACCGGCCCGAGCCAUCUUAAGGAGGCUGCAGCGUGUAGGAGUGCGCCUCGCCGCCCGGGCCCAGCGCCAGGAGGGGCGGCUAGCCGCCCGCCCCUGGUGGGGGCCGGGAGUGGCGGCCUCCCCCUCAUUCCCUUGCCGGAGGAGAGCAGGAUCACUGCAGGGCUGCCUCCUGGGGACGCGAUGGAGGCAGUGGCUGCGGCCCCUCAGCCCUGUGGUGGGGACUCCUCACGCCGCAGAGUCGCGCAGGUGGAGUCCGCCCGGCGCGGGGUGCUGGUGCCGGCAACUCUCGCACCGUGCGCCGGGAUGUAUCGAAAUGUGCUGAAGCAGACACUACAGAAGGAAUCUAGAGAUACCAAACAAUUUAACACCAUGGAUCACCUGGGGACAGCAGAUGCUGAGGAGGACUCUGGCUCACUCACACGCCUGGCUCCUAGCCCUCACAGUGAAGCAGUUGCACAUGAGUUUAAGGAACUCUCACUGCAGCCCAAUCAGUACCUGCCUUCUCUCAAUGAGCGGAAGAAUGUUCUUCAGCUGAGGCUACAACAAAGACGGACACGAGAACAACUGGUGGACCAGGGCAUCAUGCCACCUUUGAAAAGUCCAGCUGCAUUCCAUGAGCAGAUAAAGAGCCUGGAGCGAGCCAGGACUGAAAAUUUUUUGAAGCACAAGAUUCGCAGCAGGCCAGACCGCUCUGAGCUGGUCAGAAUGCACAUCCUUGAAGAGACCUUCGCAGAGCCUUCACUACAAGCCACGCAGAUGAAACUGAAGAGAGCUCGAUUGGCAGAUGAUCUCAAUGAGAAGAUUGCUCAGAGGCCUGGCCCUAUGGAACUGGUAGAAAAAAAUAUUCUUCCUGUAGACUCCAGUGUUAAAGAGGCAAUUAGAGCAGUUGGACAAGAGAAUUAUCCUCAAGCUUUGGAUGAUUAUUCAUUUGAUGAAGACAGCAGUGAUGCUUUAUCUCCAGAUCAGCCAGCUAGCCAAGAAUCCCAGGGUUCAGCAGCUUCCCCUGGAGAGCCAAAACCAAGUGACUCACCAUCACCAGUAACACCAAAUGCUACUAAUACAUCAACACAGUAUCCACCUUUAACCUCUCCAGUUCCUGAAUUUCUCAAAACCCCCUCUUCAGUCGAACAGCAGGUUACACGUUCUACUGCUGCAACCACCCUGACCACAAGUACUGUAUCCACAGCAAAGUCUGGGCCAACGUUAGUAAAGCAAAGCCAUCCAAAGAACCCAAAUGAUAAGCAUCGGAGCAAGAAAUGUAAAGAACCAAAGCCAAGGGUGAAGAAAUUGAAGUAUCAUCAGUAUAUUCCACCUGAUCAGAAAGGUGAGAAAAACGAGCCACAGAUGGACUCCAACUAUGCUCGUCUCCUACAACAGCAGCAACUGUUUUUGCAGCUACAGAUCCUGAGCCAACAGCAACAACACUACAACUACCAGACAAUUCUACCUGCACCGCUGAAGCCACUGAAUGACAAACAGAAUAACAACGGGAAUACACCACUGAAUUCUUUGAACAACAGCACACCAACAUCAGCUGCCAGCUCCCCAAGACAGAACAGUAAUAUUCCUAGCCGGAAACCAGGACCUCUUCCUUCAAGCUUGGAUGACUUGAAGGUAGCAGAGCUUAAAAUAGAGUUGAAAUUGAGAGGACUACCAGUCUCUGGAACAAAAACAGAUCUCAUUGAGCGUCUGAAACCAUAUCAAGAUCUUAAUAACAAUGGGGUUGCUACUACAAGCUCUGUUACAGUAACUGCUUCUACUGGGGCCACAGGUAACACUGGGGAAGUGACUGUGGCAUUUCCUGUUGCAGCAUUAAAUAAACCAGUGGCUAACACGAUAUCCAGCUUUCCUCCAGAAAAAACAUCAACUGGACCUGGCUGCAAAGCAGUAAACACUGAAAAUAUUAGCUCUCCUUUGCCUAUAUCUCCCUCUCCUUCAGAACAGUCUAGUCUAAGCACAGAUGAUACUAGUAUGGCAGAUACUUUCACAGAAAUGAUGACCAUGAUGUCACCAUCCCAGUUCUUGAGUACGUCACCACUAAAAGCAAAUGUGAGUGAUGAUAAUCAGAAUCGCAGUAGUGGAAGCAUCUCAGCCAUGGAGUUUGACGUAGCAGAAAAGGACCGCAAGCUUCAAGAAAAGGAAAAGCAGAUUGAAGAGCUCAAAAGGAAACUGGAACAAGAGCAAAAACUUGUUGAAGUACUGAAAAUGCAACUUGAGGUUGAAAAACGGGGACAACAGCAACAGUCACAAACUUCUGGUAACUCAUCUGCUUUGGAACAGAAGCCAUUCAGUGCUUCUGUGAAAGAUGAAAAUGCUCUUACUGACUGCUCAAGUACAAGUCAAUCUGUACCUGUAGCUAGUCACUCCUUAAGACAAUCGGUAUAUACUAGUGGCCAGAAUCCCAUUGCCAAAAAGGCAGUUGUUAUCAAGCAGGAGAUACCUGUAGCCAAAGUUGAACCUCAGAAUGCCAUUUCUCAAUUUUAUGUUAAUCCACCAAGGCAGCCACAAACUGCAGUUGUGGCCCAGCCUCAAGCUCUGUUAACUACCCAAGGAACUGCACAGCUCCUCCUUCCACUGUCUAUCCAGGGACCGAAUUCUACCACUGCAGUGCAGCUACCCGUUGGAAAUAUAAAGUUGCAGGCUCAAUCCCAAGCUGGAAUACAGACCCCAUCACAAAUACCUGCUCCUAUUUCUUCCUCUGGCCUGGUCCAGACAGCACCUCAGAUGCAUACUCCACAAUCAAAACCAAAUACCAUCAUGCAGCAUGCACUUGGUCAGACCCAACAAAUCAGAAAGGUUUUUCCACCUGCCACAUCAAAUACAGUAUUUUCCUAUCAGACUGCAGCAGUUACAACACCUUCACAGUCCUUUAUUAAUAAAACAUCAAAUUCUAACAUUCACACUGUUGGUAAUCAGGUCUCUUCUGUGCAGAAUGGACCUGCUACUUCUAAUAAGCCUGGCUCUCCAUCUCAAGCCCAGCCUUAUAUUGUUCAACAGUCCCUCUUCAACAACACAGUAUCCAAGACAAAAGAUCCUCCACGUUAUGAAGAGGCCAUAAAACAGACUCGCAAUAUCCAGACAUCACACCGAGAGAUGUCCAGUGCACACAGUCAGCAGAUGGAUGAUCUUUUUGAUAUUCUCAUCAAGAGUGGAGAGAUUUCCCUUCCAAUAAAGGAGGAACCAUCUCCCAUUUCCAAAAUGAGACCAGUAACAGCCAACAUCACUACAAUGCCAGUGAAUACAGUGAUAUCCCGCCCACCACCACAAAUCCAAAUGGCCCCUCCCCCUGUGUCCUUGGAACCAACAACCAGCUUGUCUAUAAGUUUGGAAAACCAACUUGAAGCUCUCUUGGAUGGAACUUUACCAUCAGGUAAUGAAAUUCCUCAACUGACAAGCAGUACUGAGGACAGAGAGUCAUUUUCUUUAAUUGAAGACCUCCAGAAUGAUCUGCUUAAUCACUCCAGCAUUUUAGAUCACUCUCAUUCACCCAUGGAAACAUCUGAUCCACAAUUUACUACUAAUAAUUCCUGUCUGUCUCUUGACCUUCCUGAUACGAAUUUGGACAAUAUGGAAUGGCUAGAUAUUACAAUGCCCAGCUCCUCAUCUGGACUCACACCACUCAGUUCCACUGCCCCCAGCGUGUUUUCCACUGACUUUUUAGAUCCACAAGAUCUACAGUUGCACUGGGAUUAAGCUGUAGCCAAUGAGAACAUGACUUGCAAGUCUGCGUACAACAGAGGUCCAUUAUUAUACCAUUCUGAUUGCAGUUCAGAUAAAUUAAAACAGUAAUGUAUGGAAGAAGAAAUGCUUGAAGCUAAUUCCUUAUAAUUUUCAAGUUUACAACAGUGAAUUACUUUGUGCUCCUAUCAGUAAUGCAGAUCAGGGCUCUCUGAAAGCUGUAUAUCACAAGUCAAGACAACAUGAUUAUACUCACUGAUUAAAAAUACCCCAAGGUAAAUGCAACACAACAUGGCUAAACUUAGAGAAGAAAAAUAAAGAUUUCAACUGUCUGUAUUGACAUAAUGAACAAAUGUUUGGGGGAGGUAUCACUGCACUUCAUUGUUCCUGUGGAUAGCCUGAGCCAGGUUCAAAAUGAAUUGAGAGCAAAGGCAAGUAGAAGCACUGGCUGGUUCAGUGAAAUUUCAUAUACCUAGUCUCUUAAUUUGUUCAAGUUGUUUUUAUAUUUUGGUUUUGUGGUUUUUAAAACUCUUCCCUCACUCUUUAAUCAUGAGGGAAGAAUAUAACUGCAUCCAAAGGGAUAUUAAGUGUAACUGCAAGAAAUCCACUGUAGCUAUGCCAGGUAAUAUUGAGAACACUGAAUUUUCUAUAGCAAUGCUCUGGAUUUAAUAGCUGGGUUUUAAUGUGUAUAUCAGACAGUUAUUUGUAUACUCUUUUAACUUUGUAUAGCUUAUUUUUGUGAACAGAGGGGAACAGUGGUCUUCAAACAAGAGAUUACUAUAAUGGAAAUAAUAGAUAUCCUAAUUUAAUUUGAGGGUAUUUGUUGGAUCAUUGAAUCAAGUAUCUCAGCAUAUUAGAACAGUUUGAGGAAUAGAAAAGUUGAAUUAAUGCUAUUGUGCACUAUGAUCUUGCGAACAUCUCUACAAGAAUAGUCCCGAUGCCCUCAAUAGGAGAUCUUUCUGGGGGGAGCAAACUGAGUUGCAGGGGACAGUAAUGAUGAACACUAUUGAACAGCUUUGUAUACUACUACGUAACAUCAGGGAGGCUGAACAGAAAAGCAGCUCAGUGAGAAUCGUAAAUAGCACUGUAGAAUGUACUGUUCUGUCAUAAGAAGGCAUAUAUCAUACCUGAAGAAGAUAACAGCAAAAAUUAAGCGCUUACCUCACAGCACAGCACUUGAAAAUAUCAUUUUUCUUUAAAGCCCUUGGUUGUUUUUGUCAGUCUAUUAUGAAAUCAGUUGGGAAAACAAACAAAAAAUACUUUGAAAUUCUGUAGUCUCUCAGGUAGUAGUUGUUAAAUGUUGCCAUAGGUUGUGUAGACUGAUAAUCAAACAUAAAAUUGGAAUUAUUUCCCAUUAGAGAAUUUCUGUAUUAAGAUCAAAGGAAACAGUUCCCACUCCUGAACAAUGGAAAUGUGAUAUGUUUUCCCAUCUGAAAACUGACCUUGCAGAAUUCCUUCCUCACCGCCAACCCUCUAAAACAAAGUUUUGUAAUAACUAUGAAGAAUGCCCUGAAUCUUUUUUUCUUACUUCUUACAAUAAUGAUAUGUAUCAAAGUAAUAAUGAAAACAGAAAGUAGCUGCUAAGUAUUCAACAACCUGUAUCACAAUUUUUAAAAAGGAAAAGAAAACACAAUCCUUUUAAGAUAAAAAAAGACAAAAAAUCCUUUUGUCACAAAAUGUUUUGGAAUUAACUCCAAAUUUAUGUCCCCAGAUACACAGUGCAGUCUGGUUUAGUAUGUUAUGAAAUUUUGUUGCCCUUGGAUAUAAAAUGUGGAUUAUAUAAUUGAUUCGGGAUUUAAACUCUUAUUGUAUGUUUGCAUCAUAUCAGUUACCAGCACUUUAAAUGGUUAUAUAUCCUCAGUAAUUUCACAGGCCAGGAUUUACUUUAAUGUGAAACUAAGUACAGAAUAACAUUUGUGUUAAUCUGGAGGAUUUUCACAACAAAAAAAAUAUGUUGAAAGAUGUAUUUCCUUAUUGCUGUGCCUACGAUACUUGAGUACAAUAUUACACCUGGAUUGUCUGCCUUAAAUUUUGAUGCUAUAGGAUUUUUCAAUAACACCAAACAAAUAGAUUUCACUCUUUGCAUUCCUUUUCAUCAUAUUAUCUUGGGAGCUAAUACUCUGAGAUACCAAGUGCCCUCAGCUGUUAUGAGAAUAAGAAAUAAGGACUCUUGGUCUGAUAGGAACAAUUUUGAAUGAAAUUUAGUGCUGUGCAUUACUGUCAAAUUAUUAUGUGUGAUACACCAGACAUCAUACCACAUAUGUGGUUAGUUACCCCUUUUUGACCCUGCCUUCUGAUUAAAUAGGAGGCAAGUAAAUGAACUUUGAAGAUAAAUUACCCUAAAGCAACUGUACUGUCAUCCUUGAUGUGCAUGUAUAUAGAGCUUAAAACUGGCAAAGUAAUCUUGCUACAAAACUAUUUUUAUUGACAGUGUAGAAUGUUAACCAAUCCAUAGGAAUCUAUGUGCAGAAAUAAACCCAAACAGUUCAGAUGUGUUGUUAUCAGUACAGUAUAGCUUUCUACUCUAAAAGUCUACUUGCGAAAACCAGAAAAUAUUAUUUUAAAAAUAAAGGGAUCAGUUUAGUUUUCUGAAGUACAAAUACUGUAGCGUAGGGAAUGUGUGAUUACUUUUUUGUACGUUUCAAAAUUGUGUACUAAACCCUAGAUAUAAUGGUUUGCUUUAGACUUUGUUCUGAAAUGUGAUAUAUUUGCCAUAGUUAUAAAUGCCUGUUACGGCAGAAAUAGAUUUUGCUUAGACUUUUGUGUGUGCAUGUUUUAUAUAACAUUUUUUGUAACACAAAUACAAUACAUCUUAGAAACAUAAUCAUGGCUGUGCAGUUUGACUGUACAGAACUGAAUACUUUUCAUUAAGAGAGAAGUAAAGGAAAGCACUGGCACUAAAUUUGCCAUUUAAUGGCUGAAAUACACUAGGAGAACACGUCUUAUCAAAUGUGUUGUUAGUAGAACCUUCAAAGUAAUUAAGAAUACCAUUUGAUCAGUGUGAAAAAUGAAAAUUGGUGUUUACACUUUUAGACACGGAGCUCAGAUGUAUGUUUUCAAGACUAAUGUGAUUCAAGGGGAGCCACAUCCUGUGUUUAAUACAGAAAUGGUAUUUGUUGCGCACUUUUAGUGCCAUUCAGCAUUAGUUAAGGCAAGUAAGUUUACAGACUAAAUUUUAUUUGAUAUUAUAAAUAGUCAUUGUCAGAAAUACAGCUUUCUCUCCAAGAAUAAAAUUAAUUUGUCAGUUGUUCUCUACAGAAAUCUAGAGUCCAAUACAGCAUUGUGCGCUUUCAGAAUCAGACCAUUAAAAAGCUGAGGUCACAACUUUUUAAAAUAAGCACUAAAUACUGAUUUUUUUUCCAAGGCAUUUCUAAAUUCACUAACAGGAGUUACAUUAAAGGAAGCAGGUGAUCAAAACAGAAGUGCCAGUAUUAAAUUUCUAUGUUAUUUAAUCUCAAACAUUCAGAUGCCUGAAAUGUGCAGGCACGAUAAUUGGAACCCAAGCGCAAGCUGCUGAACUGUUUUCAAGGCAAAGAAAAUGCAAUCACAGACUACAUUUAACUGGAAGGGCAUUAUGUAACCAGAACACAGUAAAGCUCACUGAUGUAAGCAAUUAUUUGGAUGGCAUCCUCAGUGUAUUAUAAACUUACAGAAAAUUCUAUUAAAACUGGAAAAUUAUUCUUCCAUUUAUUUCUAGUAUGUCUUCUGAUGCAACUCUUUAUAUUGUGGUCUAUUAAAUCCCCUUUUGAUGACUUCUAGACCAUACUACAGAUGGGUUUUUGAGAUCCAUGGAAUGGAGUUGCAAAUAGUAUAUACAUGGCCAAUAACAAGCAUCCAUUAAAACCUGAAGUAAUGUUAAAUAUUCCUUUUAUACCAGUUUGCUAGGAAUAAAUAUAAAGUGCAAAAAAAGAGACACCUACAUCACUCCGUAGGGUCCAGUACUGAAUAUAAAGACUUUUUAAGUUAAAAGUUCAUAAAUGUAUUUGUAGAAAUCUAGCCAAAAAAAGCCAUUCUCGCUAUGAGAGCAAAUUCCCAAUAAAAUGCAGGGAAUGGUAAAUAACUAUAUAAUCACCCUAUUUUUAUAAAAUAAAAAAAAAUACAUUUCAGAUAUUCAAAAGACAGCCUAAAAUAAAUUAUAAUUAUAUAAAGUUUUAAACAGGAACCAAAGCAUUGCCAUUUAUAUUGCCAAAGGAGGCACUUUGUAUUUUGAAGCAUAGGAAAUCAAAUCCCCAGGAGUAGUGUCCAUACUUUUUUAAAAUUAAGGGUGUAGAUAUUUUCAAAGCUGUUUUUGAUGUUUAAUAGUAAAGAUUUGGUUUUGUUGUUUGAGAAAUUUGUAUUAAGUAAUAGCACAGGCUUUUCUCCAGAUAGGAUUUUCCUUCACAGUACUGCUUGCAGUAGACAUAACGCUACCCCUAGCAGGUGUUUCUCUUCUUACUUUCAUAGUCAUAAUUAUGUCUUAGCAUCUCAUUUUGUGAAAAGAAGACGACAGACACCUGGAUCUAGGGCUCUCUUCAUUUAAGCACUACUUUAUUAAAUGCAAAUUAUGGCAAUCAGGGCGUCAGUUUAUGUAUUGCCUUUCUAUAAGAAACCAUGAUGCCUUUGUAUUUGCUGUUUGCACCCCUAAAAUCAAUUCCAUAUGUUUGAAUGCCAUAUGUUUUGCACAUUGUACUGUAUAUAUGUAAUGCAUACUGUAUUUUUAUAUGUGUACUACAUUUAUCAAAUAUUUUGUACAUAGUGGCAAUAUUGUAGCUACUGAGGAAAUGUUUGGUAUUUCAGCAUUUUUGCUAAGUGUCUCAAAUAAAAAAGGAAAACUGUG